GCAAGGACAGCUGCAGACCUCUAGACACAAUCAGGAUGUGACAUCAUUGACCGGGAGACAAAAAAGAAAAGUUUUUUAAUGAAAAUUUCAGCAGGGGCUUUUUCUUCGAAAUAUUUCGUUAUUGUUGAGAACUCUGUUAAUUCACUGGCUGUUUUAGGGGAACUGAAUGGCUCUUUGUCUUUGGCCAUCUCUGACAUCGCAGAGGUAACAAGUUUUAUUCAGAUCGGCUGUGGCGUGACGGAAGUUCUCCUUAAUUUCUGCCUAGGAAAGAAUAAUUAUUCUUUUCAUCCUGGCUGGUUCCCGCUCAUCAUGGCGUUGUGCCUUAAACAAGUUUUUAACAAAGACAAAACAUUUCGCCCCCGGAAGAAAUUUGAACCAGGCACCCAGCGCUUUGAGCUAUUCAAGAAAGCUCAAGCCUCACUGAAAUCGGGACUGGAUCUGAAAACUGUAGUUCAGUUGCCCCCAGGGGAGAACAUCAAUGACUGGAUUGCUGUGCAUGUUGUGGACUUCUUCAACAGGAUAAAUCUUAUUUAUGGCACCAUGUCAGAGGUCUGUACUGAAAAGAGUUGCCCCAUCAUGUCAGGUGGGCUCAAAUAUGAAUACCGAUGGCAGGAUGACCAGAGAUUUAAGAGGCCUACCAAGUUGCCAGCACCACAGUACAUGAGCAUGCUGAUGGAUUGGAUUGAGACUCUCAUUAACAAUGAGGACAUUUUUCCUACCAGAAUAGGUGUUCCUUUCCCUAAGAACUUCCAGCAGGUCUGUACAAAGAUCCUCACACGCCUCUUCAGAGUCUUUGUGCAUGUCUACAUCCACCAUUUUGACAGCAUUAUCAGUAUGGGUGCUGAAGCUCACGUCAACACCUGCUACAAGCACUUUUAUUACUUCAUCAGCGAAUUUAGUUUGAUCGACCAAAGGGAAUUGGAGCCACUGAAAGAAAUGACAGAGAAAAUUUGCCAUUAAAAUUUGAUCAGCUCUGAAGAAUCAUUGUUUGUACAGUUCUGAUGAUGGACUACAAUUUGAUCGACUGGACUGCUGCCAGGGAUUUAAUAAGUUUCCUGAUCUAGGGUUAAUCCCUGAAUUAUUGAAAAAAAAAGCAAACUGUUGUCUCCAGUAGCUUUCUCUCCCUGUGAUAUAAUGGUUCUAGUUUUCUCUGUCUUUGGAUUCAUCCCCCUAAGGUCUGCCUCUUGAAAGUAACAUGGUUUUUUAAAAAAAAGGUCUUAAGAUAAGUGAUGGGAAUAUUUCAAACAAAAGAAUCCUUCCAACUUCUUUGAAGCCCAAUCUGUCAAAGAACUACAAGAAACCCAACUAUGCAUUGUAUGGAAGAAUGGUUGAAUGACUCCGCACAACUUCAGGAAAGACAACAGCUGCUGAAUAUUUCUAUGUUACCAGAAAUAAUUUCAUCUUGCGGGACAGAGGUACUAGGAAGAGACAAGAUUGUUGGAAAUACCUGAUUUCUUUCCAGUACUACUACAGAAAUCAUAGAACUGGGAAGAAACCAAGAAUUAAGUCUGGUUUGUCAAUCACCCUGGCAAGGCAAGGCUUUCUACAAUAGCCAUAUGCAAAUAAACCCCUUCAAUUCAAUGUGCCCAAACCAAAAAGUAAAUGCACCAGCAGGAGGAAAAGUAGCUGAAGGUUACUUAAGUAAGUGAGCCAACCCAUGUGCUACAGGGGAAGCAUAAAUUCUGCAAAUCAUAAGCUUAGGAAGGCAAUCAGCACAGUAAAACAACCAAAAAAUUCUUAACAGAAUGUAAAUAUAGAGUAUGAAUCAAUCAGAUCUUGUGUUUCAAUAAAAUUAAGUAACAAGCCUCUAAAGCUACAUUGUAAGUAGGACAUGUGAGGUUCUUUGCUCUGAGUCAGAUCAGUGGUCCAUCUAGCCCAGUACUGUCUAGCCUUGCGGGUAGCAACUCCCCAGGCUUUCAAGCAAAGGCACAUUUCUAACCUACCUAGCUAAGAACCUUUUAUUCCAAGUGUGGGGCCUCUCACUGAGCCAUGACCCUUCCCCAUAGUUCUCAGUAAAUAUUUUCCCACUAGCUGAUAAUUCCUGCUUUUUUUAAAGGAAUAGAUGCAGUUAUUUCCAUACCCUUUUGGGGAGGGGAGUGAUCUGAGCCACAUAUAUGGAUAAAUUUUACUAGUUUAAUUGGUAAAGGUCUUGUACUUUAUAUAUCAAUAUUUGUAUCUUGUGUUGUCGUGCUUUUUUCUUCCUACAAAGUUUUGAUAUUAAAAUUGCAGAGUUUAACUGACAGUA